AUGCCCAUGGAAGAGUCAACCCCAAAUGUCUCUUCCUCUUCGCGUUUGACACGUCUGUCAACCCUGAUAUUCCAACGCACCGCGCAGAUUGCAGAAUAUCUCAAGCUCAAGGGGCUGGGAGAGUCAUCCUUUGACGCCAAUGGCCUCGCUGAACUCCCGAUUGCCAAAGAAGAUGCAGAGGUUCAGAAAGCGCGCGUGGAGCUGAUUGAUGCCACGAAAGAGCUGCGUGACCUUGUCGUCGGUGCUAGAGAAACACUACGUUAUCUGGCCUGGGAUCACAAUGACACCCUCAGUCUGCAUGCUGUAUACCACUACAAGAUCGCGCACGCCUUUCCCCUGGACGGGACCAUCACCUACACCGAACUCGCCGAGAAAACAAACAUGACCGAAGCUAAUAUCCGCCGCCUCGUGCGCCAUGCAAUGACCAACAACAUCUUCCGCGAGGUUGCUAACGCGAAGAACACCAUCGAACACACCGCUGCGUCGCGCUUACUCCGCGAGGACACGCAACUGCAGUGCUGGGUCGGGCUACAUACCGAGGACCUUUGGGGCGUGACGACCAAGACGGUGCCGGCGCUGGAGAAGUGGCCACGGAGCGAAGAGUUUAGAGAGACGGCGCUGCAGAUCGAACACGGUUUCACUGACUCUUGGUUCGAGUACUUGGGGAAGAGGCCGGACAACCUGAAGAGGUUCGGCGUUGCUAUGGCGAGCUUCAGCUCUGGUGAAGGGUUCGAGAUCGAGUAUCUUGCGGAGCAUCCUGUGUGGGCGAGCAUCGGUAAUGGGAAAGUGGUCGAUGUGGGUGGAAGUAUUGGCUUUGCGUGCGUGACGCUCGCGCGUGCCUAUCCUGAUCUCAGUUUCGUCGUGCAGGAUCUGCCGAAAGUCGUUGAUGGCGCUCACGAGAAGAUUCCGGAAAGCCUGAGGGAUAAGAUCAAGUUCGUGGCUCAUGAUUUCCUGACGGAGCAACCGGUUAAGGAUGCAGAUGUCUAUCUUUUCCGAUGGAUCUUCCAUAAUUGGAGCGACAAGUACGCGGUUGAGAUCCUCCGUAAUCACAUCCCGGCUUUAAAGAAGGGUGCAAAAAUUAUUGUGAAUGACGGCGUACUGCCGGAGCCAGGAGUUCUGAGCAGGUGGGACGAGAAGCUUAUGCGGACCAUCGACCUCGUUAUGUUAACUACCGUCAACGCUCGCGAGCGCGAAGUAGACGACUGGCGUUCCCUGUUCUAUCGCGCCGAUCCUCGGUUCAGGUUCUUGGGCGCGAGCAAGCCGAAAGAGAGCAAGAUGUGGGCAAUUGAAGCUGUCUGGGAUCCGCACGGCGAGUUAUCUGAAAAGGAUGCUGCACCGGGUGCCCUACUGGGUAACACGCCCGACGGAGCUGCAGCUUAA